AUGGUAGCCGGAGCCGUGGGCGGAAUGACAGCCGCCGCCCUUACCGCGCCCCUCGACGUCCUCAAGACCCGCCUCCAGUCAGACUUCUACCAAGCCCAGCUCCGCGCCGCGCGGCAAGCCCACGCGAACAUGAACCCGGUGCGCGCGGGCAUGUACCACCUCACAGAAACGCUCCAGAUCCUCUCCUCGGUGCCGAAGCAAGAAGGCUGGCGCGCGCUCUUCAAGGGCCUGGGGCCGAACCUCGUCGGCGUCAUCCCGGCGAGGUCGAUCAACUUCUACGUGUACGGCAACGGCAAGCGGCUCAUCUCGGAAUACCUCAACCACGGGCAGGAGGCGUCGUGGGUGCACCUGAGUGCGGCCGUCGUCGCGGGCGUGGCGACGGGUACGGCGACGAACCCGAUCUGGCUCAUCAAGACGCGGCUGCAGCUGGACAAGAACGUCGCGGAGCAGACGGGCGGCGUGGCGAAGCGGCAGUACAAGAACAGCCUGGACUGCAUAAGGCAGUCGACGCUGCAGUGGGUGCUGUACGAGCGGCUCAAGAAGUCGCUGAGGCACCGCGAGGAGAGGCUCGUGGCCAGCGGGCGCGAGUGGAACUGGUGGGACCACUUUGUGGACUACACGGGCAAGGCGGGCGCGGCCGGCGGCGCAAAGCUAUUCGCGGCCGUGAUAUCUUAUCCGCACGAGGUCGCGAGAACACGAUUACGACAGGCACCAACGGCGGGCGGACAGCCGAAAUACACAGGCCUGGUCCAGUGCUUCAGGCGCGUGUGGAUAGAGGAGGGCCUGGUGGGCCUGUAUGGCGGGCUGACACCGCACCUCAUGCGGACGGUGCCGAGUGCUGCCAUCAUGUUCGGCAUGUACGAGGUCAUCCUUCGGUUCCUGGAGACCCCGUCAUGA